UUUCAGUCUUUUACCCGCUUGAUCGAUUCGAUUCGAUCGGAGAAGGCCGGAAAAGCUCGAACGUCCGUCAAUGGGGAGCUAUGUGGAGAAAGCUCGUGAGAAUCACGUGAAGAAGAAGGUCGAAGAAGCGCUGCGUAGCAAGAUGAAGGCAAAGGCAUUAAACGAAUGUGAUCAGUACGUCUCAAAGUAUGCUGAAUGCGCGACGGGAAGAACGUUUUCUGUGGUAUGGACUUGUCGUAAGCAAGCUAAAGAGCUCAACACUUGCCUCCAUCAAUUCACCAAUGACAAUGUCUUGGAGGAAAUGAAGAGAGAGUACAUGCUUCAAGAAGAGGGUAAAGUCUCAGUGUCGACCAUGUAAUUUUUUGUCGGACAACAGAUUUGAGUAUAACGUCGUCGCUUUGUUUCUUGUUCUUUAUGCACUAGUAGAUCAUUCUAUAACCUAUAUGGCCAUUCUUCAAUAAAGGUUAUUUACUAUAAGAAAAGUUUUUGUAUUUU